UUCCCCGCCAUGUGACCGGGCCGCGCGCGCGAGAAUUUUACGCGUUUUCGUUUGGAGUUUAGAAUUGUAAUUGAUUUAUGGUCGCGUGAUGAUUGAUGGGCUUUAUGAUUAUGAGGUACCUAGGUGGUCAUUAUUGUUGUCAUUUAGAUAAUUAGCAUAGGAAUUCAUUUCAUCAGUUAGAUAUAUGUAAGUCAGGGCACAAAAACAAAAUUUGAAAGUACAAAUCACGAAACCAAUGGAGGAAACAUUUCCACGAUUGCGGAUAAUACUGGUCGGGUGGCAGGCAGGCAAGAGAGGCGGCGGCAGCGGCCCUACUCCCCGGCUUAGACCGCCCGGCUGCCUGCCUUCACCACCACCACCACUACCACCAUCAUCAGCAGUCGCAGGCUUGGUCGCCACCGUUGCACACCGCGUAGGCCCCACAGGACACAGAGUUGGAGUGGCCGUGUUGCGUCGCGGUGGUGCUGUGUUGUUGUGCCCUCUCGCUUGCAUUGUGCAUUAAGUCCAGCUGCUUUGACAUAUGAACAUACAUGGAUGACCUGGUUGUUGAGAAGUUGGGCAAGGCUGUCAAUGGUGGAGAGAAUGGGACGAGUGGUGCCCCAUCACAGACGGACCUGCUCAAACUGCUGGCAAGUGGCAGUGCUGGAGGUCUUGGGGGGUGUCCUGGGGGUCUAGGGGGCCUAGGGAGCCUGGCAGCUGCUGCUCAGGCUAGACAGAAUGGCAGCAUGAUUCGAUCUUACGAGGCAUUGCUACAGGGUCCAUCUGCUGGACGGAUGGCUCCUCAGGCAGUUGCACUUCCGGGGCCUACACGAAGACGUAAGAAGAAGAGGCGCAGGCAACCAGACAUGCCCAAAAAGGCUUGUACACCUUUUAUGCAUUUUUGUGCAUAUUUUAAGCGAAAACUAAUGGAAGAAGGAAAAGAAUUUCCACAGUUUGCAGAUUUUGGCAAAAGAGCAGGGGAAUUGUGGCGAAACAUGGGUGAUGUGGAAAAGCAAAAGUUUGUUGAGCUUUCUGAGCAGGAUCGCCAAAGAUAUAUUAAGGAUAUGAAGGAAUAUGAGGAGCGUAAGUUAGCCGAAAAAGAACGGGAACGGGAACUCCAGCAACAGAGAGAAAAAGAAUUACAGGUUCUUAGGGAGAAGGAGUUGGAGAAAUUACAAAAGCAGCAGCGUGAGCAGAUGGAACACCAGCAAAAACAAAUUGAACAACACCAAAAGCAUCAGCAACAAAAUCCCAAUGCUGGCAUGAUGAAUAUGUUAAGUCCCUUGAAUCCACUUAAUCCUUUGAUGAUAGCUGCCAUGAAUCAAACCUUAAUGCAGACCAUGUUGACCAACCCUGACAUAAUGAAAUCUGUGUAUUCAGAGGCAGCAAGGAACUACUAUGUAGAAACAAUGAAGAACAUUUACCAGAGUGCGAGUUCACAAGCCAAUGGUAACAGUGUGUCUGUUAGCAGCAGUGGAGCUCAUGUUGGUUUAAGUGAUCACCAGAGCCACAUACCCUCAAACCCCUUGAAUAAUCUGGGCAUGAACAUCAAUCUGCUGUCCCUGUUGAACUCUGGUCAGCUGUCAGCUGUGCCUACCUCUACAGCCUCUUCUACUGCUAACUCCCACCUAUCCAAGACCCCCUCAGCCCUCAAGGCACCCCCCUCAUCUCUCCUAGGCAGCUCCAACAGCCUGGCCGCAGCUGCUUUGGACCUCUCUGCAGCAAGGCCAAGUGAGGGCAAGGGUGCCUAUAGUAGCGAUGAAGAAAACUUCUAGAUACAUAAAAGGCUGUGUAGUAGAUUUCACAAAGGGGUGACCAAGGAAGCCGAUUGUGAAAUCUGAGACACAACAAACCCAAAGUAGCAAAAGUUCCUAUCUCCAGUCAUUAACUUCCCAAAUAUCAUUCAAGCUGCACUUCGCAAAACACAAGUAAACACAAGAACCAAGAGACCUAUACUUUGCCUAUAUGAGUGUAGUUUGUAAUGUGCAAAUCUUAGAGUGAGUUAGCUUCUGUAGAACAUCUGUGUUGUUCAGUAUACUAAAAAAAAUCAAGUACAAUUGCCUUUGAAAAAAGCCAAGUGAAGUAUUAUGCAUGCAAAUAAUUUUUAAUGUUAUGAACUCACAAAUAAAUAACUACUGUGAAUCUGAACUUUUGAUGUGAAGAGGCCUGGCUGUGAUGGUGAUGCUUUGGCCUUUUUAAGAACUGAGCAACUCUUCCAACAAGCUUGAAGGAGGUCUGCAGUACAGAUUGUGUAGUUCAUUUUAGAAAUAGCAACUUUGAAGUGGUUAUUACUGGAAAGCAGUGAAGUGGUGGAGUUUUUCCCAUAAGCAGUGUACCGUACGGUUGUUACAGUUACUCGACAACAGCAAGAAUGGAUGAACUUGUACCAGGCCUCAGUCUGCAAGAGUUCAGUAGCCAGCAUGGUGACUGUACCAUUUACUACCAGUUGCUGACCCUAUCGGGGAGUGUGUAUGCCUGGGUAGGGACACAGCAGGGCAAUUUGGGUGGAUUAGUGGCAGCUUUAGGGUCUCGUGUUGGCCCACCAGCUGUCUCCACUCUCUUGGGCCCAUCUGGUGCAGGGAGUCAUCAAGCCUCGCAGUUAGCUGAGAGAUUACAGAAGCGUGCACAAAAACAUGUGCUUCUGAGUAUGAACCUGCCCAGUGACAACCUGAUACCACAUGUGGAGCAGCGCCUGCUUGAGGAGCUCUGUGUUGCAUAAAGGCCAUGGCUCAUACCAUUUUCCUUACCAGUAAAGAUAGUCUAAAUUGUGAGAUUGUUUUAAGAAACUCAGAGCUCUUCAAUAAAUAUUUCUAGAGUUCAUGAUAAAUAUAUAUUUCUGAUCUAUAUAAAUGUCAUGUUGCUGUGAAGCCCUACUAACUGUUUAGUCAUUAGUAUACUGAAAUAGUGUGAUACUGCACAGCAAUUUUCAACAUGUAACUACUGUACAGAGUUAUUCAGCUACAUCUAGAGGUAUAUUUUUUGAUAGGACAUACUAAUCCACAGUCUAUCCCAUUCUUGAAUUUUAUUGCCUUACUAGAAGUCAGAAAUACUUUUUUCUUUAAUAAGAGCAAAUGGCUAUCAGUCCUGGUCUUGAUGCCCACAGAGUAUCAUUAAGGGUAAUGUUAUGAUUAGUGUAACAUACAAAAGAUUGAAACAACAUGGGACAAUAGUAUGUGUGCAAUGAUAUCAAGAAGAGCAGAAUUAUGCAGUAACUUGUGCAAAAUGAAUGAUAAGCCAAUGCUGUAACACUGUUUUACCAAUGGAUUGACCUUGUAUGCACUGGCUAGC